AAUAUCUGGUGCUUCAGCUGGUGCACUUGCCGCCGUCUGCCUGCUCUGCGAUUCUCCGCUUGGCAUCAUCACCUCGUCAGUGCUGAAGACGGCGACGGAGGCUCGGAAGCGGAUGCUGGGUCCCUUCAGCCCCGACGUUCAACGUGGAGAAGCUCCUGCGGGAGGGGUCUGCUCAGCGUGCUGCCCGAUGAUGCUCACAAGAUCGUCAGUGGCAAGCUGUUCAUUUCCGUGACGCGUGUGAGUGACGGCAAGAACAUUCUGCUUUCACACUUCGAGACAAGGGAAGAACUGAUCCAGGCCCUCCUCUGCUCCGCCUUCAUCCCGGGCUUCAGCGGAUGGGCGUGUCCCAAAGUGGGCGGAGUCCGAUACAUCGACGGAGGCUUCACGGACAACCUGCCGGAGGUGGACGCCCACACGGUGACGGUGGCGCCCUUCUGCGGCGAGGCGGACAUCUGCCCCAAGGACAACACGGCGGGACUCAUCACGGUCAGUCUUGCGAACACCAGCAUAGAACUGAGCAAGGAGAACCUAUAUCGGUUUGCUCGCAUCCUGUUCCCUCCUCCUCCCGAGGUGCUGAGUAAAAUGUGUCAACAAGGUUUCAACGACGCUCUUGAUUUCUUGCAACGGAACAACCUCAUCAAUUGCACACGAUGCCUGGCAGUUCAGUCACGAUUCAAUCUGACGGAAACACACGAAGACACGCACCUAAGCCUCCACGACAUGGAUUGUCUCGAUUGCAAUAGACAACGCAAUGAAGCCAUCCUAGACCAGCUGCCCGAGGCUGUGGGCUGCAUCCUCCAGGACGCGAUCAACAAGGCCAACCAAGGACUCAUGAACUGGGUCUUCAAGCACAGGUCCAUGAAACUGCUCUCGGUCCUCACUCUGCCCUACAUCCUGCCCAUAGACAUUGCAUAUGCAGCAUUCCUCAAGUUCAUGAGUUCGACCCCCAGUGCAAGCGACCUCAAGACCCUCGGCAAGCAGAUCGUCGACCUGGUGCAGGCUCUCAUGCAGUCUACCACCAAGUCGAGCCUAUACCACCACCACCACCACCACGACAGCAAAUUCUCCUGCCAGCUGGCCAUUACCGAGUUCUCCGGUGAGACAGAGCUCCACAAUCGUCACAACUUUGACUUUACACUGGACCUCGAUGACUUGGAAGGUGUCCCAGAGAGCCACAAAGAUGCAAUGGUCUUGGAGUCGGAGGCCCUGUCGCAGGUGGCCCUCCGCUGUGCUGUCCGAUCCAUGUCACGACCUGGCUCCCGCAUGGCCUCUCGUGCUGCAUCCAGGGCUGUGUCAAGGGCUGUGUCGCGCCGUCCGUCUGUCAGCGACCUUACAAAUCCGGAAGAGCUAGAGACCACUCUUCCUGUUACGACUUCCGCUAUGAGUGACGACGCCUUUGAACAGAUUCUUGAUGUGACGACACACCAAGAGGCUCUCAUGGCCUAUUACUAUCUUGAUGAUAAUAAUGAGGUUCGUGUCACAGAGAUCUUCGACAUGACAGAGACCGACGGUGAUAAUGGAGGAGGACCUCAUGAUGACAGCUAUGGGGGUAUUGAAAUAGACUCUGAGACGUGGCACUCUGACUCCCAUGAACGGCACUGGUCGCAGAGAAGUAGGACCGACUCAUUGGGUUCCGAGGGCUAUCAUGAGGGAGGUCUAAGCAUGUCAAUCCCUUCAGACACAGAGUCGGAACAUGGGCAUAGGGUCAUGAGACAGCCUGAGUCUGACCAGAUCUACUCCUCGUCACCUAAACGCCGACCAUCAUAUGCCAUCAUGGAGUGAGAAGGCGACAAAAAUCAGAGUUGCCCUCGCUGUGGUAAUUUCAUACCCAGGCUCUCUUUAACUGGUGGUUCUCAUGUUUGGCCAUUCAUUCUUUCGUCUGUUUUCUCAUCAUUCAUUCAGUCAUUUGGUUGUCCAGUUGAUUGGUCAUUCUUACGCUGUGGCAUUCUCUUAUUUAGUGAUUCUCUCAUUUGUUCAUUCAGUCGUUGGAAUGUUUGGCCAUUCAGUCGUUUAUUGAGAUCCCCUUUUAUCUUCCUGAGACUCCUAUGACUGCCAAAUGUGUGCGUGCUGUGUGUAUAUGUACAUAUGUUUUGCUGUGAGAUUUUUUAUCCUUAGAAUCAACCAUUUAGGAAGGUUGAGAAUCACUAUUUUUUUCUUCUUUGUGUAUAUUAUAUGAAGAUGUUGGAGAAUAAUCCAUUGUAUAUUGUAUUUUGUAUACAUUUCUCUCUUUCUGUAAAUAUUGUACAAGCUAAGGAUACAAAUUAUGGUUAUAGGAGUGUAGAUAAUUAUCUUAUGUUUUAUUCUGUUCUAUUUUAUUCCUGAAAGAGGUUUUCAAGCUUUGUCAGAUUCUGGAGACUACAUAUUGCACGGGUAAAGAUUGGAGUUUUUAUUUUUAUUUCUAUUCAUAUAUUUUUCCAUUCAUCUGUAUAAUUUUUAUGUCCUUUUAGUGAAGGGCAUGGAAGUGGCUGGUUUAGACUUCGUAUGAUAAAGAAAAAAAUAUAUAUGUAUAUGCUUGCUUGUAAUCUUUUGCUUUGUAAUUGCCACAUAGUUUCAUUUUAAUUUAUACUCAUUUCCACUCAAAUACUAGAUUCUUUACACCUUUUGUUUACUUCUUUGGCUCAUUUUCGUUUAUUGAUUUCACUUAGUCUUCCGCUUAAAAGUGGUUUGAUAUCCAGUGAAGUGAAUUGCUCGAUGGCUUAAAAGAAAAAAGUAUGGAAAAUUAACUUAUAUUUUAGACCUUUUGAAAUUUUAUAAAGGCUUAAAAAAGUGACAUCAAAUGUUACACCUAUAUUGCAUUCAGUUAAGGUUGAUGAAUGAAGAUUAGGGACAGAUUUCGAGACCUCCACGACAUCAGCUCUUGUCUCGCAUCUUUCCCUUUGGUCUCUCAAUCAUCACCCAUUUUCCUUCUGAAUUGUUAUUCCAUAUUAUUAUUAUUACUGUUAUUAUUAUUAUUAUUAUUAUUAUAUUAUUUUUCAAAUCUGUUUAGUUUGUUUUCUUGGUCGAGUAGGGUUGGGGGAGGAGGUAUAAGGAUUUAGGAUAUUUUUUUGUUUUCUUGUUUUAUUCCUUUGUCUUCUUUAUCUACUUGUUCAUUUGCAUGUUAUUCCUCUUUCUUUUCCUCUUU